AGGACGCAGCGAGCGCGGUGAUGGCUGAGUGACAUUUCAUGACUGUCUGUGUGUGAUGUGUGAUCGUGAACAACAGUCAUCUUUGAGGAGAGCGUAUAUGACGCGAUCGGACUGUUUUUUUUGGGGGGGAUCUAUUUUAACCGGAUGUGGAGCCCAGAUGCCCUUUGGAUCGACUUUACGCAGGGAAGAUCUCAUGGAAUCCACGGGGCAUUUAUUGUGAAAUUUAAAAUCAGGCUGCAGCAUCCGUGUGUCAACAAGAACGAGGGCUUCUGAUGGUCAGAGUCAGCAAGGAAAGGAUUCCUGUACGACAGCAGCUUGAGAUUUCCAGCAGAGGAGCUUACAGCCUCAUCAUUACACCCAGGAAUUAAGUUACAACUGUCAGUUCAGGAGUGCAGCUCAAAUGAUGUCAGGGCCAGUGUACAAGGUCAGGAGGCUAAUUUCCAGCCAAGAGAGGGUUGACCUCAAAGAUCCCUUCUCUUAUCAUCCAACAGAUGAUGCAUUCAUGGGGAUUUCUUUGCAAGGCUUGAACAGAGGAGCCUCCUAAAUUCUGGCCCUGUGGAUGUAAUGUAGCUCCACUCUCCAGCAUGACUUAAACGCCCCCCCACGGCACGUGUUCUGGGAUGGAUCGCAUGAACUUCACAACAGUCAUCGACUCUGGGUUUCUGGACGAGGCUCCAUCCAGCCGCGUCCUCACCGGCUGCUUCCUCUCCCUCCUCAUCCUCACCACCUUGCUGGGGAACAUGCUUGUUUGUGCCGCCGUCACUAAGUUCCGACACCUGCGUUCAAAGGUGACCAACUUUUUUGUGAUCUCGCUGGCCGUGUCGGACCUCUUGGUGGCCAUCUUGGUGAUGCCGUGGAAGGCCGUGACGGAGAUAGUUGGGUUCUGGCCGUUUGGCUCCUUCUGUGACACCUGGGUGGCUUUUGACAUCAUGUGCUCCACGGCAUCCAUUUUGAACCUUUGCGUCAUCAGCUUGGACCGCUACUGGGCCAUCUCCAGUCCGUUUCGCUAUGAGAGGAAGAUGACACCCAAAGUGGCCUUUGUGAUGAUAAGUGUGACCUGGACGCUGUCUGUGCUCAUCUCCUUCAUUCCAGUGCAGCUCAGCUGGCACAAGGCCCAAACUAAAUCCUACACCCCUCUUUCUGGGUCAUCGGGCUCUUUGGGUCUGAACGGUUCGUCUCACAGCAGCCCGGAAAACUGUGACUCGAGCCUGAACAGGACGUACGCCAUCUCCACCUCUCUCAUAAGCUUUUACAUUCCUGUGGUUAUCAUGGUGGCCACCUACACUCAGAUCUACCGCAUCGCCCACAGACAGAUCCGGAGAAUCUCCGCACUGGAGCGAGCGGCCGAAAGCGCCAAGAACAGACAUGACAGCAUGGGCGGAGGCUCCAGCAUCGCAGAGUCCGAGAGUUCCUUCAAAAUGACGUUCAAGAGGGAGACCAAGGUGCUGAAGACGCUGUCAGUGAUCAUGGGGGUGUUUGUUUGCUGCUGGCUCCCAUUUUUCAUCCUUAACUGCAUGGUGCCAUUCUGCGAGCAGUCGAGCAGAGGGGAGGCUUUCCCCUGCAUCAGCCCCACCACUUUUGACGUGUUCGUGUGGUUCGGCUGGGCUAAUUCCUCCCUCAACCCCAUUAUAUAUGCCUUCAAUGCAGAUUUCCGCAAGGCCUUCUCCAUCCUGCUGGGCUGCCACAAACUAUAUCCAGGAGGCCACAACAUAGAGACAGUCAGUCUAAACAAGAAAUGACUCAUGACUCUCGCAGCACUGACUCAUCCUUAAUGCUAAGAGUCUGAGCAUUCCUGUGUAGGCUGGUUUGAUUGACUUCAAAUGAGGACGCUGCCUUUUGUGUUGACGCUAAGUGGGACUGAAGGGUAUGGUAACCCUAUAUGUACCUGUGUUUGCGUUAGUCGAGUGGCCUGUACCCGUGCAGGCAGUCAGAGCGAGCUCAUCUCGGUCUCCGCGCUGUCAUUCCAACGGAAGGAGCCCCCUGAAAAACGAGAGGAGAUUUUGGAGAUUGAGAUUAAGACUGCGUGCUGCUGUGCCAGGGCGCAGGGAGCACAGCGGUGCUGACACGCCCCUGGGAUAGAUAAUCCCAUGACUGGGCAGCACACGACCUAAUGCUGUCAGACACUACUCUCUUCAAUACCAUCACACACAAACGCAAACACAAACACUGUCAAAACAUGCUCAUCCAAAGACGGCGUAAAUGCUGCACCCAGCAUGCACACUCCAAAAAUUCCCAUGAUGGCACACAGACAUGCUGUUCCUCAUUAGGUUAACAUCGUGAGCUCUGCAAGGAUUCCAGCAGAAAAGCAUCAAACCAAAUCAUGUUUCCUCCAAAAUAAACACGUAGGUAAAGAACAUCACAUGGAAUUUCACAUUUAAACAAGAACGAGAGCAGAUUUAUUUAAGCCUUAUCCUUUAAUGGUGUUGUUUUAAAAUCUUGGAUGAAAAUGUGCUCUUUGACUUCUUUUGGAAGUUGGCUGCUUGUGAAAAUGCAGCUCAUAUCUCACUACUGAUGCCUGUUCAUGAUUGUUAUUUAUAUCUCAUCUAAAUGACAUUUUGACUUCCUGCCACAUUUAUUUAACAGAAAUCUCAUAAUUUAUUAAAACACUGCCGGUUUCUUCAUAAGAAAAGACCUAAACAGAGGUGUUGUUUGCCUUGUGGUGUCUUUGACUUGUGCUUAUUUAGAGGCUGAUACAGAAUCAGUACUGACUGCAUUGUGCUUCGAGUGAAUCAGUUUUAAUGUUUGCUCCUGAAGGGAAUAUUAAAGAUCAAUCUUUGAUCAACUUGGCUUCUUCAGAAACGAGUUUGCCUUCAUUCCUAGUUUUGUUCAUAUUGUUUGCACUUAGGUAAUUGUUGAAAUCCGGGAGCAUCCGUCUGAUCAGGUUUCUUUCCUCGUCGGAUUUCACGGUGUUAGACGACACACUUGUAAA